AUGACGAUGUUAGAUGAUGAUGACGAUGAUGAUGACGAUGACGAUUAUGAUGGCGAUAACUAUGACGAUGACCAUGUAGAUGAUGAUGACGAUGACAAUGUCGAUGAUGAUGACGAUGACGACGACGAUGACGAUGACGAUGACAAUGACGAUGACUAUGACGAUGACGAUGACGAUGAUGACAACUAUGACUAUGACGAUGACCAUGUAGAUGAUGAUGACGAUGACGAUGACGAUGAUGAUGACGAUGAUGACGACGAUGACGAUGAUGAUGACGAUAACGAUGUCGAUGAUGAUGACCAUGAGCAAGACGAUGACGAUGACGAAGAAGAUGACGUUGUCGAUGACGAUGACGAUGAAGAUGACAAUGACGAUGACAAUGACGAUGACGAUGACGAUCUUGAUGACGAUGUCGAUGAUGAUGACGAUGACGACGACGAUGAUAAUAGCGAUGACGAUGAUGAUGAGGAUGACGAUGAUGAUGAUGGUGACGAUGACCAUGGAGAUGACGAUGACGAUGCCGAUGACGAUGACAAUGAAGACAAAGAUAACGAUGUCAAUGACGUCAUCGUCAUAGUCAUCAUCAUCGUCCUCGUCAUCAUCAUCUACAUGGUGAUCGUCAUCUACAUGGUCAUCGUCACCGUCAUCAUCAUCGUCAUCGUCAUCGUCAUAGUCAUCGUCAUCGUAAUCGUCAUGAUCAUUGUCAUGCUCAUCGUCAUCGUCAUCGUCAUCAUCGUCGUCACCUUCGUCGUCAUGGUCAAGAUGGAUAGUGAAUAA